UGUGCUUCCCACCCUUGCCUUACUCCCUUCAACAGAACCACAAUGUCCUUUCUCUCUUGAGCUCUACUUAAACCUUUUAACAACUGGGAUAAAAAGCAACACCUCAACCAAGAAAAGCUCUCAAAGAAUGCUUCACCAGCACUGAUAACAUCGACAGCCAUUUAAAAGGUGAUUUUCUAAAGAACUACCCAGGGUUCUUUAAAAAAAAUCCUCCAGGUUCUGCACAUUCUUUGGUUUUCCAACAUCUUCUGCAGAUUUGACACCUUUACAACAGUAACUGUAUGAUUUUGAGAUCCAUCUAUUCACACUAGGAACCAGUGAUGGACUCGACUCAACUACUCAACUAUCCCAAAAGAUCUGCUUUAGAGAAAACCCCUUCACUCCACACCUCACAACUUUUACUGCUCAAAAGAAAAAAAGAAAGAAAAAAUACAUCAUGGAACUUCAGAAACUAACAAACGGUCACCACAAAGACUUUCAACAUCUUGAAGAAGGAGAGACACCUGAACGAGAGGAGUUUUUACCACACAAGAGUGAUGGAGGAAAACCCCCUCAGUUUACAGAUUUUGAAGGAAAGACGUCAUUUGGAAUGUCUGUCUUCAACCUCAGCAAUGCCAUCAUGGGCAGUGGGAUUUUGGGACUGUCUUACGCCAUGGCCAACACUGGUAUCAUCCUCUUUCUGAUCUUACUGACCUCCAUUGCUGUCUUGUCAUCAUACUCUGUCCAUCUUCUGCUGAGGAGUGCAGGGGUUGUUGGUAUUCGCGCUUAUGAACAACUGGGUAAAAGAGCAUUUGGACACCCGGGAAAAAUACUGGCAGCUGUUGUCAUUACAAUGCACAACAUUGGUGCUAUGUCUAGCUACCUCUUCAUUGUGAAGUAUGAAUUACCUCUGGUUAUUCAGGCAUUCCUUGGCCUUCAGCACAGCAGUGGUGAGUGGUUCCUGAAUGGCAACUAUCUGAUCAUCAUUGUGUCCAUUUUUAUCAUCUUGCCCCUUGCCCUGAUGAGACAACUUGGAUACCUGGGUUAUACCAGUGGCUUCUCUCUGACAUGUAUGGUUUUCUUCCUGAUCUCAGUCAUCUAUAAGAAGUUCAACAUCCCUUGUCCUUUUGAUGGUUUCACCAACCACACUGCUGAAAACAUAUCUAUUGAUGGUGAAUGUGAAGCCAAAUACUUCACUAUCAACCAGCAGACAGCAUACACGGUUCCCAUCUUGGCCUUUGCUUUUGUAUGCCAUCCUGAGGUGUUGCCAAUUUACACCGAGCUGCGCAAUCCCACAAAGAGACGCAUGCAGGCCAUUGCCAACGUGUCCAUCCUGGGGAUGUUUGUCAUGUAUCUGCUCACUGCCAUCUUUGGCUACCUCACCUUUUAUUUAAACACAGAGGCAGAACUUCUACACACCUACAGCAAGGUGGAUCCUCUGGACACGCUCAUCCUGUGUGUGCGUCUGGCUGUGCUGGUGGCCGUGACUCUGACUGUUCCGGUUGUGCUCUUCCCGAUUCGAAGAGCCCUUCUUCAGCUUCUGUUCCCUGAUAAACCCUUUCACUGGUUGCGUCACAUCUCUAUUGCAUUGUGUCUCCUUUUCGUUGUCAAUCUGCUCGUCAUUUUUGUGCCCAACAUUCGUGACAUUUUUGGCAUCAUUGGUGCAACCUCUGCUCCGAGCUUGAUCUUCAUUCUCCCAGGUCUUUUUUACAUCCGUAUCGUUUCCACCGAACCAAUGAACUCAAGACCAAAAAUUCAGGCUGCCUGCUUCACUGCUCUGGGAUUCAUCUUUAUGAGCAUGAGCUUGACGUUCAUCGCACUGGAUUGGGUCUACGGAGAGAAUCGAAGUGGAGGAGGUCACUGAUCUUCAACCACAAUACUGUAAGGGUCCAAAAAGCCUUCUUAGAGGAACAUCACCACCCCUCUCCUGAAUUUGAGAGAAACCAAAACAUCACUUAGGCUGGACCCAACUCACCUCAGAUCUGUUUUCCCACUGAGUAAGGAAAGGACUGAUGUCCUGCCAUCUGUAAAAUUAAAAAUGGGUAAAAAUCCUAUGUUUCAUGGUGGAAGAUUUCUGGGGGUCACAGAAAUGUCAUGCCAUUUUGAGGCUGUUUCUACAAACAGGCUUCACAACGAUAAAUGAUGCUUGUGUUGGAGAUGGAAGUCCGCUAAAUAGCUUUAAAAUAAUGCUAAAGAUACAGCAGAAUCCAGAUAAAUAACUGGAGAGGUUUGUUUUGUCUGAUGGUAGACCAGGAAACAAUCAAGUUUGUCACAUAUCAUCUGUUCUGUUGUCCCCAUCAAAUGAAAGCCAUAUUCCCAGAGUGCAAUACUAGGGAAAUUGAAACAUAUUUUGCCGCAUCAAUUUGUUCGUUAAAAAAUGUUGCUCAUGAUAAGAAAAUUCAGCAUCAUCUUAGAACGGCUGCACACCUGAACUGAAUCUGUCAGCGUUUGUUAUAUCUGAGAAUAAAAUAGCUGAAUUUGAGAAAUUGACCGGAAGAAAAUGUAUUUCAGUUGAGAUGAAAAUUGGUCCCGAAAUAUUAUAUGACAUAAUAUGCACUACAAUUGAAAACAGACAAUCAGAUUUACACAGUUUCAGGGUUUUUUGUUUGUUUUUUUUUCUGCUGGAUAUCAUAUAUUAUGUCAAACAUAUGUGAGGUACGUACAGUUCCAGUAUUUUGUGGUGCAGUGGGGUAGAAUACCAUCGUGAAAAUUACAUUGCUGUGAUGCAUCUAAUAAUGCAAACAAGGCCUAACCUGUGAAUUCAGUCACAAUCUAACAACAGGAUAAUGUGUCAUAGAUUGUCCUACCCAUUUUUCUAAGGAAUUUAUGAAAAAUUGUAUAGGGCUGACAAACUGUAUUAAACAGGAAACUUUUUUUUUUUUUUUUUACUUUUACUUAUGCAAAAGUACCAACAAAUGCUCAAAACCUUUGAACAACAAAAGGAACAAUGUCCCCUGUAGACUGUGAGACAAUGCUUGGAAGUGAAAGAUCGGCACACCUACUCACAGGAUCAGAAUAUUGCUAAUACUAUUAAAGGGUGGCAAUCCCCUUCCUCUUCAAGGUCUACUGUCCUGCAAUGACUAUUUAUUGUUUUAAGGGAAAAUAAAUACAUUGUUUCAAUGACUCUGUGUUUGUUAGUUAAUUAGAAAAUAGGUGCCAAAAUUGUAUGAUGUUAGAGACUGACAGUUCCCAUGUGAAACACAAACACACCAAAGAGAGUAGGCAGUUGAACACCUGCCUUUUUCUACUGCUUUUACAUUGUUUGUUGGUUUACUGAACUGGCCUUUGACUUUGUCAUACUUGCCAUUUUCAAUAAAGAUUGUGUGGUCAGUAUUAAAAA